AUGGUCGGCCUCUACGACGACCCGUUCGCCUAUGACGGCCCCGACUUCACAGGCUAUCUGGGCCACGACCAGUUCGCCUCGGGGUCGUCCCCUGAAGACUUCCACGUCCACUCCGCCACGGAACCGCACUUUCCCUCGGCCGUCCACGGUAGCCUCAAGGGGCACCACCAACCAUAUCACCUCUCCCCAACAGAUCCCCUCGGCCCAAGUCUCGACCAUGGCCUCCCACCCACCCAUCUUCCACGGUCUGCACCCACCAGCUAUCCCAUCCCUCCCGGCGGCAACGGCACAACCGGCGGGGGCGGCCUAACCCUCGACACGAUGGGCCUAUCCUGGAACAGCAACAACAACACCACCACCAACCCCAACAACAACCCCAACAAACCCCCAUCCCAACCGCCACCCCCCUCCGCCCUCAACCUCAACCUCAGCACCAUCAACCCCACCGACGCGCAACAACUCCACACGCUCCUCACCACCGUCCAAGCCGAGCUGCAGCGCACGGCGCGCGAGCGCGACGAGGCGCGCAUGGGCCUCAGCACGGCGCGCAACGAGCUGUACGCGGCGCGCCAGGUCGAGCGGCGCCUGCGCGUCGAACGCGACGAGGCCCGCUCCCAGGCCGAGUUCCUCGGCGCCGAGCGGCCCAAGCUGAAGCAGGCCGAGGCGAGGCUGCGCAGGGAGAGGAAUGAGGCGCGGAUGGCGUUGAUGGCGUUGAAGGGGAAGGGUGGUGCGGGUGGCGGUGGGGGUGGGGGGAAGGGAGGGAAGAGGGGGGGUGGUGGUGGUGGUGCUGCUGCGGGUGUCGGUGGGUUGGGGGGUGGGUGGGAUGGUUGGGGUGGAUAG